AUGAGGCUUAAGACAUUCAAGCAGAUUUCAGAAAAUUAAAUUUCACUUAGCAACUAAAGAGGUUAUAUUAUUGAUUGUGGCUCCCAUUCCAAUGUUCAAUUUGAUGAGCAAAACUUGAUUUAUCAGCAAGCAGGAGGGUACAAGGCAUUGUACACUUUUCACAGCAAUGACUUAUCAGAAAAUUUCUUAGAUAAAUGGCAUUUAUACACUUUUUCUUUUCAAAGCAAAAUAGUUUAAUAAAAUGAUUAGGCAUACUUGAGGAUAUUAAUUGAUGGUGUCCUAAUGAAUGAAAUUUAGAUUUAGAAUUAAGUAACACUUGAUAUGUAUCCUGUUUCUAAAGAUUUGUGUGUAAUUGGAAAUUCUUAAAAAGCAGAUUCAUUUUUAAGAAACAGCUUGCAUGCCGAUAUUAGAUAUAUCCAGUUUCUUCAGACUCACAGAAUUCAAGAACAUUAUAAUUCUUAUCUCAACCGUUAUCCUGAUCCAAAGCAUAUAAAUAUUGUCCUGUAUUAUAAACUUGACGAUGAGAAUUAUUUUAACUCUGAUUAUUAUUAGAACUUGCAAGUGUCUGACUAUAAACAUUAAAACACUAUAUUGACUCAAUAUGAAGAACCUGAGAAAUUAUGUGAAUGCUAUUCAGCCCCUUUGAAAGUAAUGAACAUCUAAAAAGGAGUCAAUAAAUUUAAUGGGCUUUAGCUGAGAGCUACAGAUGACUUAUAAAAUGGAUUAUAUUUAGAUUUUUGGAUCAAUAUUCAAAAAGAUUUAGAGGACAAUACUAAUACACAAAGACACUAAUGA